AUGAUAAAUGAUAUACUAAAGCCAGUUUUUGCUGUUGGUGGUAUUUAUUGCUCAUUUUUGACAUGGGCUUUGUUGCAAGAACCGUUGAACACCAAGGUAUGGCCAAACUCGGGUUGCACAUUCCAAUUGCCAUGUAUCGUGGCAUUGACUCAAGCUUGUGUUGCCAUGGUAUGUGGACUGCUAUAUCUACGUCAAAAAAGGCCGGUGUAUACGUUGUCGAGCUUUUGGAAAGAUCAUUAUAAGGAUAUGAUGAUGAUUUCUCUAUCACAAGCCGUUGCGGCGCCAUUGGCAUCGUAUUCGCUCAGUUACGUUGAUUUUCUCACUUAUAUGCUUGCAAAAUCGUGCAAACUAUUGCCCGUUUUGAUGGUUCAUUUGGUGAUAUACCGUACGCCUAUUCCAAGAACUAAGAAACUUGUAGCGGUAAUAGUGACGCUUGGUAUUACGAUAUUCACUUUGGAUGGGAAAAAGACAGGCGCUAAGAAAGAUGAAGAGUCAAAAAGUGUGUUAGGAUUCGUGCUUCUUGGUAUGAGUCUUUUCUUGGACGGUUUGACGAAUGCAAAGCAGGACAAGUUGUUCCAGAAUGCGAAACAAAAGAUCAGCGGAGCACAUUUGAUGUUUGCAUUGAACCUAUUUUUGAUUAUGUGGAAUGCCUUAUAUAUGCUUUUAUGGGAUAGAAAUCAAUUAAGCAAGGGAGUCCAGAUGUUGCAUGCUGAUCCGCAAAUCGGCCGCUAUCUUUUAGCUUAUGCCUGUUGUGGUGCCGUUGGACAGUGUUUUAUAUUCUAUACGCUUGAAAAAUACGGGUCAUUGGUGUUAGUUAUGGUUACUGUGACGAGAAAGAUGGUUUCCAUGCUACUUUCCAUAGUGGUGUAUGGGCAUAGCGUUUCUGUGCAGCAAUGGGUCGGUAUUUUGAUCGUAUUCGUAGGAGUUGUAUGCGAGGCAACAGCAAAGAAGGGGAAAGGCAAACAAAAGAAUGUCACUGCAUCAAAGCCAAAGGCUUCCUAA